AUGAUCCGUGCCUCCUCCGAGCGGGUGGUGGGCCGGCAUGGCGGCUCCUCCACCCUUCGAACCACGCUCUCCUGUGCGUCCCUCGCCUCAAGUGGACUUUUUACUGAGACGCUGAUGUCCCGCCGCAGUGCUCGAAGCGCCUCGCUGUCGCCCGCGCCUAAGUCCCGAGGGCAUGGGCGUUGCUAUUCGCCCCGGCGCUUCGCAUCGCGGCACGUGCCCACAGCCGCCGAAGAGUUGGCCCAGCACAGCCAGGUCCUGGAACCCUCGGUAAUCAAGCGCUUCGACGGCCUCAUGAGGCACCUGAAGCGUAACACCGACAAGCAGGACUUCGAAAAACAGGUGCUAGCCUCGCCGCCGGACGUCCUCGUGCCCGAGGAGUACGACGAGGUUCUCCGCGGGGAGUUCUCGCGCCACUGCAGCUUUGGUGAACGACUGAACACCGAGCUGAUGCACUCAGGAAAAUGGGUCAAGAUGCUGAAAGAGCUUGGGUUCGUGCCCGGGCCCGGCAAGGCCAAAGGACCCUGCCUGUCGUCCCUUGCAGUCGCCGACAUUAUCUUCCAGAGAGUGCUCCAUGACACGGACUAUGGUGGCAAGCGCCUGACCUACGACUUCUUUUGCAAGGCUCUUUGUUUGGUGGCUGUGAACAUGUAUCCCAACAUGGACUGGGAGGCAGCGAUGGGCGAGCUCCUGCAGCGCAUCGCGACAGCUGCAGAGGACAGAGUUAGGAUUUGCUUGUGGUGGGCCAUGCGGAUCGGUGGCGGUGGCGCCCAUGCCCAUGCCAAACUCUCCGAAUGCCACAGGCGUCCUGCCCUUCUCCCUGCCACACCGAACCCAACGCAAGGAACUUUGGUGAUUUGUACGAUUCGCUUGGCCUAA